AGGGGGAGGGGCAGGGGCAGGAAUCCGCAGGCUCGGUGGCUGUCGUGGACACGUCGAGCCGGGCAUAAGUGGAGGGGGCUUCCGAAGAGUCGUUCAGUGUUGACGGGCUAAGGUUCGAGGAAGGAGCUCCCGGUGGCAAGACUGGAUCUGGAAGAUUCUUCUGCUGAGUCUCAACUUGACCUGCAAAGAUGGACCAUUCCCACCACGCGGCGACAGGCCAUAUGGCUGACAACAGUACCACAAUGCCUUCUCACCACCACCACCACCCGACCACUUCGGCCCACCACUCUCACGGCGGAGGGAUGGGCGGCAUGAUGAUGUCUAUGACAUUCUACUUUGGCGUUAAGAAUGUGGAACUAUUGUUUUCUGGUUUGGUGAUCAAUACAGCCGGAGAAAUGGCGGGAGCAUUCGUGGCAGUAUUUUUACUGGCGAUGUUCUACGAAGGACUCAAGAUAGCCCGGGAGAGCCUGCUGCGCAAGUCACAAGUCAGCAUCCGCUACAAUUCCAUGCCGGUCCCGGGACCGAACGGAACCAUCCUUAUGGAGACACACAAAACUGUUGGGCAGCAGAUGCUGAGCUUUCCCCACCUGCUGCAGACAGUGCUGCACAUCAUCCAGGUGGUCAUCAGCUACUUCCUCAUGCUCAUCUUCAUGACCUACAACGGGUACCUGUGCAUUGCGGUAGCAGCGGGGGCCGGCACAGGAUACUUCCUCUUCAGCUGGAAGAAGGCAGUGGUGGUGGACAUCACAGAGCAUUGCCAUUAACCCUCAGCUCCAUGGUGCGGCCUUUACGAUUGCAGUGGGAAGCAGUUCAAGACCGAAGGACAUGACUCCUACUCCAAUCUUCCCUUCUUGCUCCUUAAUUCCUUACACACACACACCUGCUCAACAGAGGUUUAGCUUUUAGUCUCUGAGCUAAGGUGAUAACUUCCCUGGCUUUUUCCUAAUGAUCUGAGAUUCCCUCAGACAAGAUUCCCACAUGUUCUUGUCCAAGCCAGGUAGCUUUUUAUCGAAGGACUUGACCACCUGCUUCCUUUUUUAGUUUUCUGUUUUUAUUUUGUUAACAGUAUGUGCAUUUGGUGGGUUUCUCCUGGGUUUGUGGUAGAGACUAGCCUCGGCUAGGAUUGGUGGGAGCUGAGGGAAAUUCUUGCCCAACUAAACCCCGAGCCCAUUCGAUACGUAUGAAAUACAUUGUGCCUUUCUGUAGGUGUGAUGUGUUGCCCCAAAUUCUUUGUAGUGUGCAGAAGGGUGGUUUGAGACCGAACAGCGCUGGGCUUGCACAAGUGUGCAUCCUUAGUUGGCUGACUCAUGAACUUGUGUUCCUACUUCAGGUUUUGAUUAGAAUGAACCUGUCAAUCAAAAAAGAAAAGAUGACAAUCAAUUUGAGAAAAUAGAAACAGAUAUUCUGAAAUAAAACCAUUGAUACUUUA